AUGCUCUUUGGAACUGCAAGACUUUCUUCGUCUAUUGACACGAGCGUCGAUCCGUGUGACGACUUCUACCAGUUUGCAUGCGGAGGAUGGAUCGAAAAACACCCUGUUCCCGAAGGCGCCUCGCACGUGGACCAGUUUCAACUCCUCAAAGACCAAAGCAAGAAUAAAAUCAGAGAAAUCCUCGAAGCUGAUAACUCAGAUUUGAAGGGGAAUCCUUUGAUGCAGGCGAGAAGUUUGUACCGAAGCUGCUUGGAUGAAGACAAAAUAGAAAAGAAGGGUGUCGAGCCUAUUCUGGAAGUAUUACGCUCUCUAGGGUUACCGCAAGUGCCGACGUUGAAGAAACAAGAAACAUUUUCGUGGCAAGGUGCUCUAGUCAACGCAGAAAAAAUGCUGGGCGAUAGCAUUUUCUUCUCAUUAGACGUCAUACAGCAUCCAUUAGACAGCUCAAAACACGUCCUGCAGGUUCAAAAAGGGAGCAUCGAAAAGGUUCCCGAGACCAAAUGUCAGGGAGAUAGAGAUACUGUAGAAGCCUUUAUUGCUGAUUACAUCAACAUGUUCAUCAAACACGUUCCAGGCGUGACUGUGGACGCGAAGCGAAUGGCAACCGAGAUAUACGCGUUUCACUCGGAACUCGGGAACAUGACGACAGAUGCGGGGCAUUACCUGGAAAUGACCGCGAGUGAAUUGCAGGAGAUCACCGACUCGCAUAUCAGCACAAACUCCACCAAUAGGUUUAACUGGUCUGUGUACUUCAACCAAGUGCUCGAUGGCGACGAAAACACCAGCCUCAAGAGAAAAGAAAAGGACGGGCGGAUCAUAGUUAGAGAUCAGCAAUAUUUCGAGCGGUGGUCGCGAUUGUUUCAAUCCAGCAGCCCUGAAAUGAUCGAGAUGUACAUCUGGUGGAGAGUGUUUUCAUCCCUUGCCCCUUACACAACAAGAGAAUUCCAAAUGAGGCAGCAAAAAUUCUGGCAGAAGGUCGGUGGCACCCGCAUAAUUACUCCAAGGUGGAAGGUUUGCUUGGAAAUGGUCAACAAAGCGUACGGAUAUAUCGUUAACUUUGAAUACGCUAAAAUUCACCUCGACAAAGACCUGAGAGAACAGGCAUUAUGGUUGGUUAGUGAAAUUAAAGAGUUCGUCAAAGGGUAUGAGAAGGAAUUGAAUUGGAUGGACUCAGAGACCAAGAAACAGGGACUAAAGAAAAUCGAAUCACUGAGAGCCAAUGUGGUUAACCACGAUGAGCCGCUGUUCCCCAGCAAACUAGAGCAAUUUUACUCAUUGAUCAAUUUCGUCGAUGGUGAUUUGUUUGAGUUGCAUUUGAAGAUUCUGUCCGCCUUGGAAGCAUCAAAGUUGAAUUCACUGUACCUUACGCCGAAGAAAGAGCCUGCAUUAGUAUAUGACAGUGACCAGAGCAAGGCCAACGUCCAUUACGAUCCGGAAACCAAUUCGAUUUCAAUUCCAGUAAGCUUGUUGCAACCUCCAAUGCAUGAUCUUCGUAACAGCCGUGUGGAGUUCGCAGCGAUCAGCCCUCUUAUUAGCUUUGAAAUCACCCGCGUCUUCAACAUUGGUCAUGUGAAGAGGUUUAAAGAAGUGCCGAUUUGUAACGAAAAUCACUAUGAGAGCAAUACCACAAUCGCAAGUAAACUACAAGACGAAGAAAUUCAGAUGUGGUGUUCAAACACGUCGCCCACCUCAGUGAAUGAUUUGUUGACUGGCCGGUCCAUGGUGCUGGGAACCCUGUCAAAAACGAACGAGUUUAGGAGAGCGUGGGGGUGUCCAAUGGGCUCUAAAAUGAACCCCUGGUGA